UACCCUAUUCCAGGUUGAUGGUGACAGCUGCAUUUUUGUGUGGAAGAUGCCGGCUUUACUAUCAUCAACAAUUUUGCAGAAGAUUAUGGAAAAUGCUUCUUAUCUGUUUCCAGUAAGCUCAUCUCAGUCAGCAGCUCCAAGUGAGGGCAUAGUACAUGAAGAGGUCAACCACCCAAACACUGAUUUCAAGGAUAUCUCUGCACUGCAAAAUUGCAACCUAGAUGUUGAAGGAGUGGUUACUGGAAGGGUGUGCGAAGGAACAUCAGCAUUUAAAUUUAGUAUCUCAAGGCUUCCGAAGUGGGCACAAAUCAAAGUAACAAGCAAUGAGACUUCUGAUGGAGACCCUGAAUUCAAUUUGUCUCAGGUAAUUUGUAGGAAAAUUGGAGAUCCUGAAAUUCAUCAAUUUAGUGUCUGGCUGGCUUAUUCAGAAACUGUUGGUGGUAGUUUUCCAUGCCUCUGGUACCAUGGUUCCUAUCGCAGUCCGGAUUCCAUGUCAACUCAACUUGGGAAACAGUCAAGUAUGUCACACUAACACAUCUGAAAGCCCAUUUAGUGCGGAAGCUCCCCAGAGUUCUCCAAUGGGUCAAGGGAUUCCAAGGUGGUUACUACGAUCAAUUUACAAGUUAUGCUGCUUGUUUAUGUGAUUGUUCUAGAACCCGUCACUUCUAAUUUCUUUUGUUUGUGCAUACUUAGCAGCUUUAAUGUGGACGGGCAUUGGCGCACCAUCCAUACUGUUUAUCUUGAUCUACUGGAUUCCCCUGAAGUGCGAGAUGUCAAGGACAUCAAGUUGUCAAUUUCCAUCCCGUAAGUCCAAACAUCAUGCACUAUUUGCACUCUUUGGUCUUCCUCAUGUAGAAGACAGAAUGUUCUGAGGUAUUCAGCUAGGAUAUGAAGAGAUAGAUCAUUUACUUGGUACAUUUUGUCUAAACUUGUGGAAAGGCAAAAAUAGGAGUCCCUUGAAAAAUUUCAUAUACUCAGAUAGGAUGUGAGGAGAUAGAUCAUUUACUUGGUACAUUUUGUCUAAACUUGUGGAAAGGCAAAAAUAUGACUAUGGGUCCCUUGAAAAAUCCCUUUGUGCCCAUAUAUUCUAGAAUGGAAUAGAUCCACUGCCGUUGGAGGCACAGUCAUUGUACUUUCAUAACAAGUCUUGUACAUGUGGCGCAUGUGUUUGAUAGUCUCGGCCCUUGAUCAGACUAUCCUAGUUUCUGUCUAAGAAAACAACA